AUGGGUCCGCCUGAGGACGCUGUCACGACUUCAAUCGAAUCCCAAAUCCCCGCGCAAUCGGCGCCCAAACGAUCAGAUCCUGAAAAGUUCCCGUCCGGGGAAUUUCGCAAACGUCCAUACACCGAUUUCCUUGAACCGGUUUCCCCUAGGAAGAAUGACGACUCUUCUAUCCGCGAGGGGUCCAUAAAAUUCUGGGUGGAUCAGACACAUCGCAAGCUGAAGCCGCGACACAUCCAGCUGAUUGGGAUUGGAGGAACAAUUGGAACCGCGUUGUAUGUGCAGAUUGGACGAGGGUUGAUGGCUGGCGGCCCUGCAAGUUUGUUCCUUGCAUUUACUCUGUGGUCUUCGUUCAUACUAGCUGUUACGAUAUGCAUGGCAGAAAUGGUCACAUAUCUUCCGAUAUCUUCCCCAUUUAUUCGAUUUGCUGGCCGUUAUGUUGACGAAGCUUUCGGCGUGGCCACUGGAUACAACUUUUUCGUCUUCGAAGCUGCAAUGGUUCCUUUCGAGAUCGUGGCUUGUAAUGUCAUCAUCCACUACUGGAGUGAUGUCGUCCCUGCGGCUGGAAUUAUUGCUAUUGUGCUGGUGUUAUACGGAACCAUCAAUUUAUUUGCCGUCCAAUGGUACGGCGAAUCCGAAUUCUGGUUAGCCCUGGGUAAAGCGCUUCUCAUCAUCGGUCUCAUCAUUUUCACCUUCAUCACCAUGCUUGGUGGAAAUCCACUUGGAGACCGAUAUGGAUUCCGAUACUGGCGCCAACCUGGCGCUUUCGCUGAAACAUACAAGAAGGGAGACCUAGGCCGGUUUUUAGGAUUCCUGCAAUGUAUGAUCCAGGCCUCCUUCACAAUAGCCGGUCCAGACUACGUCUCAAUGGCUGCUGGAGAAACGGAAAACCCCCGCCAUGUCCUCCCCCGCGCCUUCAACGCCGUGUUCUACAGAUUAACCGCCUUCUUCGUCUUGGGAAGCUUAGCCGUGGGCAUCGUCGUCCCCUUCAAUGAUCCAAAAAUGAAAGCUGCUUUCCAACAAGGAUUGCCAGGAGCUGCAGCAUCACCCUACGUCGUUGCCAUGGAUCGGUUACAGAUCAAAGUCCUCCCGCACAUCGUCAACGCAAUGGUACUGGGAGCGGCGUUUAGCGCAGGCAAUUCGUACGUCUACUGCGCCAGCCGCAGCUUGUUCGGACUUGCGCUUGAGGGGAAAGCACCACGAAUCUUUACCAAAUGCAACAAACAUGGCGUGCCGAUAUAUUGCGUUGGGCUCGUCUUGCUGAUUUCCCUAUUGUCGUUCCUGCAAGUGUCCAACAACGCCGCUAUCGUGCUGAGCUGGUUCGUCUCACUCGUCACUGCGUCACAGUUGCUCAACUUUUUCUCAAUCGCCUUUACGUACACCAGGUUCAUGAAGGCGCUUCACGCGCAGGGUGUGUCGCGCGACUCCCUCCCAUACAAGGGCUACUGGCAGCCGUAUCUUGCAUACUAUGCCUGUGCGGGAACAUUGAUUAUGGCGUUUGUGGGAGGGUAUACCGUGUUUUUGCCGGGGAACUGGAGUGUGCCGACUUUUCUUUUCUCGUACACGAUGAUCGGCGUGUGCCCGCUGUUGUUCUUGGGGUGGAAGUUGAUCAAGAAGACUAAAUGGUUGAAACCGCAUGAGGUGGAUUUAUUCACGGACGUCGCAGAGAUCGAUGAGUAUACGAGAAAGUUCGUUCCCACACCACCAAAGUGA